UGAUACGAUCGAAAAAGAAACUGCAUCAACGAAGGCUAUGAAAUGAAGAUCGCUGUCAUUUUAUAUGGAGAAUGUCAUCGAUGGUCAUUUCCGAGCCAUUGGACGUCGUUUUUUUUUUUCGAUCAUACGGUAUUAUUAUUAUAGGGUCUUCUACUGAAUUCUUGUAAAUUGUACAAUAAUGAUCGAAAAAAACGGCGUCAGGGAUGGCUAUGAAACGAGGAUCGCUGCCAUUUUAUCUGUAAAAUUAUAUUGGGACUGUCAUCGAUCGUCAUUUCCAUGCCAACUGGACACUGGACGCCGGUUUUUUUUUCGAUUAUACGGUACUUUAAGAAAUAUAUAUAAAGUUUUUUAUAUGAAAAUUUGUAUAUUUUUUUUUAUUUAUCGCUAUAAAAACCUUUGUAUAUUACAAAAUGUUUACGUUUUCUUGUGGUUUUAUUAAUUUUUGAUAUAAAAUACACGGAAAUGACUAGUUUCCUACCUUCCUUUGGCUUAAUUUUCAAGUUCUAGACAAAAUCAAAUUAUGUUUUAUCAAGAAAGAAGACCCAAAUAUAAUGUACAGAUAACAGAACUAAUUAUAUAAUGAAAUAACUUAAUAAUCGGAGUUAAUCUUUUUUAUGAUAUUUUUUAAACUUUUAUAAAAAAUUAUAAAUUAUAACUGAUACGCGUAAAAAACUAUUUUUCCAAACCCAUCCCUGAUGAUUACCACUGAUAUUGACAAGUAUAAUAAUGUAUUCUAUUAAUCUAUGGGUACAUAUAAACUUUGGCUAACUAGCUUUGACUUUUUACUUUUUUGUUUUUCAUUUUAUGUUGUAUAAACUAAAGUAUAAAGGGUAUAAACUAAAUAUAUUCUAGUCAAGUUCUAGACAAAAUCAAAUUAUGUUUAUUUGUUAUGAUUCUGGCUGAUACAUAUACUAGAGUUAUAUUGAAGCAAAACUGUGGCUUCUAAAUCCUAGCAAUGUCUCAUAAAAUUCCAUAUACUUCGGAUUUUAACAAGCUUUGUAGGACAUGUUUGAACCCAUUAGAUACACAACAAACUUUUUCAAUAUACAAAGACAUCCUUGUCGCUAAACACUUGAGUGAAAUAACUAAAGUUCAGUUUGUACACCAUCCAGCAUUGUCUACGGAUUUGUGUUCCAAAUGUUACCAGCAGCUUAAAGCAGCGAUGGAUUUCAAGGAACAAGUACAGAAAGUUGAAUCUCAAUUGAAACAGAUUGCAGUGCUACUAAACGAAGCCAGUAAAAUUGCUUACGUUGAAGUUGUAGAAAUUGUUGAUGGUAACAGUUCUGUAAAAGAUACAAAUACGCAAGAGGCUUCUACACAAACUGAAGAAGAUUUACAAUGUACAAAGGAUAAUGAAAGUGUUUUAGAAAGCUCUUCUGUUCAAAAGGGCGAUGCAACUGUAAAAAUUGAGUAUGAUAGUGAAAAUAAUCCUUCUAAUGAAGAAGGUGAUGCUUCUACAGAAACUGAAGAAGAUUUACAAUGUACAAAGGAUAAUGAAAGUGUUUUAGAAAGCUCUUCUGUUCAAAAGGGCGAUGCAACUGUAAAAAUUGAGAAUGAUAUUGAAAAUAAUCCUUUUUGUAAUGAAGAAGGUGAUGCUUCUACAAAAACUGAAGAAGAUUUACAAUGUACAAAGGAUAAUGAAAGUGUUUUAGAAAGCUCUUCUGUUCAAAAGGGUGAUGCAGCUGUAACAAUUGAGAAUGAUAUUGAAAAUAAUCCUUCUAAUCAAGAGGGUUAUAAAGUUGAAGCUCCGCCUCCAAGGAACCCACUAGCAUGUUCUUAUUGCGAGAAAGUAUUUACGCACCGAAGUAAUGUUUUGCACCACGAAAGGUCCACUCAUACAAAGGAAAAAAGACACAAAUGCACCGAGUGUGGUGCUGGGUUUGUGCGUAAAAGAAUGUUAAGACGUCACAUAAAUACUCACUUGAAUAUCAUGCCUUUUUCAUGUGAAAUUUGUAAGAAACGGUAUUAUUCUGAGCACGAUUUGAAUAGGCACAAGGUCAUACACGAUAGUGAGAGGCGAUACAUGUGUGAUGUUUGUUCAAAGACAUUCAAGACUUCUGGCAAUUUGUGGCAACAUAAACAAACCCACGGUGAAAAAGCGUAUCAGUGUGAACAAUGUGGGUACAAGGCGUCAUCUUGGAUGCUUCUGAGACAACACCAAACCUGCCAUAUCGAGGUGAAAGAAUUCGUUUGCGACAUUUGCGGAAUGAAUUUUAAAUCGAAGAUUCGCCUCGUUAACCAUAGAAAACUUCACUUCGAUCAUCACAGUAAUAAGAAGAAUGUUCAACCGAAAAAACGCAAAUGUAACGUUUGCGAUAGAUUUUUUGCCAACAAAUAUAUCUUACAUAAUCACAUGCUGAUCCAUACGAAUCAAAAACCACACCCCUGCGACAUUUGUGGUAAAAAAUUCCGAUUUAAAGGCAACAUUAAGAAACACAAAAACAGCUGUCAUGGUAGUAAUGAGUCCACGCAUAAAACUGCCGAAUCUUUAAUGUAAAUUGUAUGUUAAGAAAUAUAUAAGGUUUUUUAUUCUAUUAUUAUCACUCUAUAUUAGAGAUGGGACGAAUAUCCGGAGUUCUGUGGAUAAUAUUAUGCUCUUUUAUGCUAGUUAUGCAAUAUGAUCGAAAAAAAAACGGCGUCAGCGAGGGCUCUGAAAUGAAGAUCGCUAUCAUUUUUUAUGUAAAGUUAUGUGGGGUAUGUCAUCGAUCGUCAUUGUUCCAAGCCAACUGGACGCGCCUUUUUUUUUUUCGAUGGUAUGGUAGU